CCGGAGCAUGGCGUCCCCUCCUCGGGGCCCGGACGCCGCCGCCGAGUCGCCCGAGGCCAGAGACCUGCUGCCCGGCCGGCCGGCCGACUCCCCGUGCCCCAGCUCCCGCAGCGGGUCGGUGUGGACGGCCGCCCCCCGGAGCAACUGGGAGAUCUACCGGAAGCCCAUCGCGGUCAUGUCGGUGGGCGGCGCCGUCCUGCUGCUGGGCGUCGUCCUCACCGCCCUGGCCUACGCCUGCAGGCGGGAGGACGGCCUCAGGCUGAGCGGGCCGGCCUUCCUGUCCGUGGGCCUCAUGCUCCUCGUGUGCGGCCUGGUCUGGGUGCCCAUCGUCAAGAAGAAGCAGAAGCAGCGGCAGAGAUCCGUCUUCUUCCAGAGCCUCAAGGCCUUCUUCCUGAACCGCUGAGGCCCGGGCGGUCGGGGGCGUCGUCCCGGCCGCCCUCCUCCCGACGGCCGCUCGCCCUCCUCGGGCCGGGCCCCCCGAGCGCCCCCGCUUUCCCCUCCUCCCCGGGCCCGCGGGGGAAGGCGGGCGGCCGCCUCGACGCCCGAGACCCCUCUCGCACCUCACCCCGGGCCUCGGGACCGGCCGCCGGGUCACCCCCUAGCCGAGGGCGGGGGAACCCCCCCCCCCUCCCCCGGUCGCCCCCGGCUCGGCUUAUCGUUAGCCGUCGUCCCCGGCGGUCUA